AUGUCCUCUGCAUCCACCAAAUCGCCCCCUCCUGUCAAACAACACACUCGUACGAAGCCCGCCAAGUACACGUCGCCGCCGGUCAUGGUGCAGCGAAAUGGCGCCGCCGUUCGGUCCGCCGCCGUUGCAAACGGCCAUGUCGCCAGAGACGCCGACGAGACGUCCCGGCUCCUCCCCAAUGGGCCCGACGAAGAAUACGACAAGCCGGUAUGGGACGGCUUGACCGAGUUUGAGCACCUGCCCUUUUGGCGCCGGCCUUCCAUCUUCUGGCUGAUGGGCCCCUACGCCAUCUUCACCCUCGCCUUUGGCGGCGUCAUUGUCCCCAAAGUCACCCUCAUCCUCGACCUCGUCUGCAACAAGCACUUUGCCGACAAGGCCGCCGCCGACCCCUCGUUCCACGCGUCGCCCGUGCUCGGCGCCGACAACCCGCAGUGCAACGACCCGGCCGUGCAGCGCAAGGUGGCCGAGUUCAUGCUCGUCAUGAACCUGCUGACGGGCACGCUCAGUGCCAUCAGCGCGCCCAAGCUCGGCAAGCUGUCGGACCGCUUCGGCCGCCGCCGCCUGCUCGCCGUCGCCUCGGUCGGCGGCAUCCUCGCCGAGGUCGUCACCAUCGUCGCCGCCAAGUUUCCCGCCGCCGUCGACUAUCGCUGGCUCGUGCUCGGCGCCUUCUUCGACGGCCUCACCGGCUCCUUCACCAGCGGCAGCAUCCUCGGCCAGGCCUACGUCAGCGACUGCACCCCGCCCUCGAAGCGCGCCGUCUACAUGGGCUACCUCCACGCCUGCCUCUUCACCGGCAUCGCCCUCGGCCCCCUGCUCGCCGGCUACUUCAUCAAGGUCACCGGCAGCGUCCUGACCCUCUUCUACGUCGUGCUCGUCUGCCACGCCACCUUUGCCACCUUUGUCGGCUUCGUCGUGCCCGAGUCGCUGUCGGCCCGCCGCCAGCGGAUUGCGCGCGACAAGCACAGCAAGGAAAGGGAGUCGCGCGCGCAGAGCGCCCAGCCGUGGCUCUCGACCCUCCGCAACAGCCACCCCUUUGAGCCGCUGGCCAUUCUCUGGCCGACCGGCCCUGGCACGUCGCCGAGGCUGCGCAUCAACCUGAUUGCCCUGGCCGUCACCGACGCCGUCAUCAUGGGCUCCAUGAUUUCCAUCGGCGCCGUCGUCAUCCUCUACACAAAGUACAUGUUCGACUGGGACACGUUUGAGAUAUCCAUGUUCGUGUCCGGUCUCUCCUCGAUCCGCGUCAUUGUGCUGCUCGGCGUCUUUCCCCUUGUCAACUACUGGUUCCGCGUCCGGCCGCGCCGCCGCCGUGAGCGCGAGACCGGCCUGGCGUACGUCGAGAAGACGAGCGGCGCCGACAAUGUGGACAUUUGGACCCUACGCGCCGCGCUGCUUUCCGACACCUUGGGCGCCAUCGGCUACUCACUGGCACACAGCCAGCCACUCUUUGUCGUCAGCGGCAUGAUUACGGCAGUAGGCGGCCUCGGCAGCGCCACCAUCCAGUCCGCCAUCACCAAGCACGUCCCGCCGUCCUCGGUCGGCCAGGUUCUCGGCGCCGUCGGCAUGCUCAAUGCGCUCGCCCGUGUUGUUGGCCCGGUUCUUUUCAACGGCAUUUAUGCCAUGUCUGUCAAAACCUUUCCGCAGGCCGUCUUUGUUAUGCUUCUCGCUCUCUUUAGCGUCGGACUGCUUGCUACUCUUGUUGUGCGCCCGCAUGUUGUCUGGGAACAUGAAAACGAGGCGCCCGAAGCUGUUGCUGACGAGACGCCCGAGGCUGGGACUUUGGCGCUCGAGACCGAACCGCUCAUCCGCUGA